CGACUGUUCGAAUCGUUCAGUCCCGAUUCACUAAAAUCCAUCGGCGUCAUUGAGGAGAGGCCACUGCAUACAUUUUUAAUACCGUGUGCUACUCACCAUCAAACCACUAAACAUGACGCACCAGUUUCCAGCUCUCUCUGCGGAGCAGAAGAAGGAGCUUGCCACAAUUGCCCAGCGCAUUGUGGCUCCUGGAAAAGGCAUCUUGGCUGCAGAUGAAUCCACAGGUACCAUGGCAAAGCGUUUCCAGAAGAUAAAUGUGGAGAACACUGAAGAGAAUCGCCGUAGCUUUCGCGACCUCCUCUUCUCCGUAGAUGAUUCCAUCUCUGAAAGCAUUGGUGGGGUCAUCUUUUUCCAUGAAACACUGUACCAGAAAUCAGACAAAGGAGUUCUCUUUCCAAAGGUCAUCAAGGAAAAGGGCAUCGUAGUUGGCAUCAAGGUGGACAAAGGAACAGCAGGACUGGCUGGUACAGAUGGAGAGACUACCACACAGGGACUGGACGGUCUGUCUGAACGCUGUGCACAGUACAAGAAGGACGGCUGUGACUUUGCUAAGUGGCGUUGUGUGCUUAAGAUCUCUGACAGCUGCCCCUCCGCUCUUGGAAUUGCUGAAAAUGCCAAUGUCCUUGCCCGAUAUGCCAGCAUUUGCCAACAGAAUGGCUUGGUGCCUAUUGUAGAGCCUGAGAUCCUCCCAGACGGAGAUCAUGAUCUCAAAAGAUGCCAGUACGCCACUGAGAAGGUCCUAGCGGCUGUGUACAAGGCUCUCUCUGAUCACCACGUUUAUCUGGAGGGAACUCUGCUCAAACCAAACAUGGUGACCGCUGGACACUCCUGCACCAAGAAGUACACCCCUUCUGAGGUUGCCAUGGCCACAGUCACUGCUCUCAGACGCACUGUGCCAGCUGCUGUACCAGGCAUCUGCUUUCUCUCUGGGGGUCAGAGUGAGGAAGAGGCCUCUCUGAAUCUGAAUGCCAUGAACCAGCUGCCCCUGCACAGACCCUGGAAGCUGAGCUUCUCUUAUGGCCGUGCUCUCCAGGCAUCGGCUCUUUCAGCCUGGAAGGGACAAGCAGCGAACAAGAAGGCUUCACAGGAUGCCUUCGUUACACGUGCAAAGAUUAAUAGUCUUGCAUCAAAAGGUGAAUACAAACCCUCCGGUCAGGCUGGCCAAGCAUCCACACAGUCUCUAUAUACUGCAAGCUAUACCUACUAAACUCAACAACAAACAGCAACUUCUGCUGGACAAUACAAAAAAAUGACAUGUGAAGAAGCCAAGAUGAAGUUAUUCAAGAUGACUUUAUGACACACUAUUAAUUGUACAAAUAUGUUCAUGUAUUACUGCCAAAUCUGACUCAAAUAGGCACCGUUUACCCUGGAUAAGAUUUCGUUUUCAUGCAUGUGCACCUACUGAUGCUUUUCAUUUUGAAAUAAAAAAUAAAAUGCCCUCUUUAUUUGA